UGCACCGAAGCGGGAAUGUCGCCGCCGCCGCCGCUGCCACCGCCGCCUGGCCGGCGCCUGCUUAGCUUCAGUUUGUUACUAGGGUUCUUCUGCAUCUCCCUGGAGUCCGCAGCGCAAGGCAACUCGGCUACAGAUGCUCCGAAUGUUCUUCUGAUCAUCGUGGAUGAUCUUCGCCCCUCCCUGGGCUGUUAUGGAGAUAAGCUAGUGAGGUCCCCGAACAUUGACCAGCUGGCAUCCCAUAGCGUUCUCUUUCAGAAUGCCUUUGCCCAGCAAGCAGUGUGCGCACCAAGUCGAGUGUCUUUCCUCACCGGGAGGAGGCCUGAUACCACCCGCCUGUAUGACUUCAAUUCCUACUGGAGGGUACACUCUGGAAAUUUUUCCACCAUCCCUCAAUACUUCAAGGAGAAUGGCUACGUGACCAUGUCGGUUGGGAAAGUCUUUCACCCUGGCAUAUCUUCAAAUCACAGUGAUGAUUCUCCAUACAGCUGGUCUUUUCCACCUUAUCAUCCAUCCACAGAGAAGUAUGAAAACACUAAGACAUGUAGGGGACAAGAUGGAAAACUCCACGCCAACCUGCUUUGUCCUGUGGAUGUGGCAGAUGUGCCUGAGGGUACCUUGCCUGACAAACAGAGCACAGAGGAAGCCAUUCGAUUGUUGAAAAAGUUGAAAACAUCAGUCAGUCCAUUCUUUCUGGCAGUUGGAUAUCACAAGCCACACAUCCCCUUCAGAUACCCCAAGGAGUUUAAGAAGCUGUAUCCCUUGGAAAACAUCACCUUGGCUCCUGAUCCCCAUGUCCCUGAUAGCCUACCACCUGUAGCCUACAACCCCUGGAUGGACAUCAGGGAGCGGGAAGAUGUCCAAGCCUUAAAUAUCAGUGUGCCCUAUGGCCCAAUUCCUGUGGAUUUUCAGCGGAAAAUUCGCCAGAGCUACUUUGCUUCUGUGUCCUAUUUGGAUACUCAGGUUGGGCGUCUUUUGAGUGCUUUGGAUGAUCUUUAUCUAGCCAACAGCACAAUUAUUGCUUUCACAUCUGAUCAUGGAUGGGCCUUAGGUGAACAUGGAGAGUGGGCCAAAUACAGCAACUUUGAUGUCACUACCCGUGUACCCCUGAUGUUCUAUGUUCCUGGAAGGACAGCCCCACUUCCUGGAGCAGGCGAGAAGCUCUUCCCUUACCGGGACCCUUUUGAUCCCACCUUGCAAUUGAUGGAGCCAGGCAGGCACGUCACGGAUCUCGUGGAACUUGUAUCUCUCUUCCCCACGCUUACUGGACUUGCAGGACUGCAAGUUCCUCCUCGCUGCCCCAUCCCUUCUUUUCAUGUUGAGCUGUGCAGAGAAGGCCAGAAUCUCCAGAGGCAUUUGCAGCUCCACGGCUUGGAAGAGGACCCAUACUUCCUUGGUAAUCCCCGGGAGUCGAUUGCCUAUAGCCAGUACCCUAGGCCUGCAGAUUCCCCUCAGUGGAAUUCUGACAAGCCAAGUUUAAAAGAUAUAAAGAUCAUGGGCUACUCCAUACGCACCAUAGACUAUAGGUAUACUGUGUGGGUUGGCUUCAAUCCUGGAGAAUUUCAGGCUAACUUUUCUGACAUCCAUGCAGGGGAACUAUAUUUUGUGGAUUCUGACCCACUGCAGGAUCACAAUGUAUAUAAUGACUCCCAACAUGGAGCUCUUCCCCACUCGUUGAAACCUUGAGUUCUACCAGCCUCAGAGGGCACAUAUGUGUCCCCUUCCCUGCUUCUGUCUGGUGAAAGGAGGUGUUAGAGGUGGUUAUCUUUCACUACCAUUGUAUUAGACAUAAUCUUACUGGGAAACAAUCUAAACAUGUAUCAGCAAUCCGGCCGAGGACUAGGUGGCAGAUGAACCUUUGAUUAUAGUCCUUAUUGGAAUUGGGCUAGCCAAAUAUAAUACUGUACACAAGAAAUAAUUUACAUGUUGAAUUUAGUGCAUUUCAAAAA